AAUGAAGUCCUGGGCGUGGCGCACACACCCCGGCUCCCAGCACGGAACGGGUGCGGGGCUGGGCCUCGGCAGGCCCCGGGGGAGCGAGUGGGGCGGGGCCGCCGCGACCGCCUUCUCCUCCACCCGCCGCGCGGGCUCAGAGCGGCGGCAGCAGCGGCCGCGGCGACAUCUCCGGCUCCUGCUCCGGCUCCGGCUCCCGCGCUCCCGGGCCCCGCGCCCCGACCCCGCCGCCGCUCCUGCCGGGGGCCUCGCGCGCCCCCUCCGCGCUUCACGCUGAAGUUCCUGGCCGUGCUGCUGGCCGCGGGCAUGCUGGCGUUCCUCGGUGCCGUCAUCUGCAUCAUCGCCAGCGUGCCCCUGGCGGCCAGCCCCGCUCGCGCGCUGCCCGGCGGCACCGAUAACGCCUCGGCCGCCGGCGCCCCGGGCCCGCACCGCAGCCUGAGCGCCCUGCACGGCGCUGGCGGCUCGGCCGGGCCCUCGGCAUUGCCCGGGGAGCCUGCUGCCAGCGUCUUCCCGCCGCCGCCCGGGCCGCUGCUUAGCCGCUUCCUCUGCACGCCGCUAGCCGCUGCCUGCCCGUCGGGGGCCGAACAGGGGGACGCGGCGGGCGAGCGCGCGGAGCUGCUGCUACUGCAGAGCACGGCGGAGCAGCUGCGCCAGACGGCGCUGCAGCAGGAGGCGCGCAUCCGCGCAGACCGGGACACCAUCCGCGAGCUCACCGGCAAGCUGGGCCGCUGCGAGAGCGGCCUGCCGCGCGGCCUCCAGGACGCUGGGCCGCGCCGCGACACCAUGGCCGACGGCGCCUGGGACUCACCAGCGUUGCUCCUGGAGCUGGAGGACGCGGUGCGCACGCUGCGGGACCGCAUCGAGCGCAUCGAGCAGGAGCUCCCAGCCCGUGGGAACCUCUCCUCGGCACCGGCCCCAGCCGUGCCCACCUCCCUGCACUCCAAGAUGGACGAGCUAGAAGGGCAGCUGUUGGCAAAGGUGCUGGCGCUGGAGAAGGAACGCGCUGCCCUCAGUCACGGCAGCCACCAGCAGCGACAGGAGGUGGAGAAGGAGCUGGAUGCCCUGCAGGGCCGCGUGGCAGAGCUGGAGCAUGGGUCCUCGGCCUACAGUCCCCCAGAUGCCUUCAAGGUCAGCAUUCCCAUCCGCAACAACUACAUGUAUGCCCGCAUUCGCAAGGCGCUCCCGGAACUCUACGCCUUCACUGCCUGUGUGUGGCUACGCUCCCGGUCGGGUGGCACCGGCCAGGGCACCCCUUUCUCCUACUCGGUGCCUGGGCAAGCCAAUGAGAUCGUGCUGCUGGAGGCCGGCCCUGAGCCAAUGGAACUGCUGAUCAACGACAAGGUGGCCCAGCUGCCUCUGAGCCUGAAGGACAGCAAUUGGCACCAUAUCUGCAUUGCCUGGACUACCAGGGAUGGCCUGUGGUCUGCAUACCAGGAUGGUGAACUGCGGGGCUCUGGUGAGAACCUGGCAGCCUGGCACCCCAUCAAGCCACAUGGUAUCCUUAUCUUGGGCCAAGAACAGGAUACCCUGGGGGGCCGAUUUGAUGCCACCCAGGCCUUCGUUGGUGACAUUGCACAGUUCAACCUGUGGGACCAUGCCCUGACACCUGCCCAGGUCCUAGGCAUGGCCAACUGCACUGGACCACUGAUGGGCAAUGUCCUCCCCUGGGAGGAUAAGCUGGUGGAAGCCUUUGGAGGCGCGAAGAAGGCCUCCUUUGAUGUCUGCAAGGGGAGGGCCAAGGCAUGAGGGGUCGCCUUGCUCAGGGCCUCUCCCUUGCCUGUCACUUUGGGGACCUCCUUAGCCUGUCCAUGUGCUGGCCUUCCCUCCUACCACAUUCCUGGCCAUACCUUCCACUUCCCAUCACUUCCCAUCACUUCCCACACCUCCCCAAUGCCCUGCCCUGGAUGGAUGACCCCUCAGCCACCUGGGUAGGAACCAGUAUCUCAAGUCAUUUGAUCUAGCCCAGGGGAGUUGAGGCAGUACCGCCUCCUGGCAAUGUGUUGGCUUGGUCUCUCCGCUCACACCCUCAGCCUCCCACCAGUCACAUCAGACCCCACUAAUUCCAACAUUCCCUGAGGGGUUGUGGGUAGAGAUGGCCUUUGACCCUCUCAACUCAUGCUUCAGGCCUACACCAGGCCAUAGAAGAGAUGCCAAGAUGCAUGAGAUCAGACCCUCCUCGUCUGUCUUCUUCAGUUGCCCACAGGGGCUAUGGGAUCAUUGCCGCCACAGCCCCCUCCCCCUCCCUCUUUGCACCCGUUCCUUUGUGUGUUGUGGUUUGAAUGUUGGUUUCAUGUCAGUUCAAACCCCACCUCAAUUUCCAGGAUGUUCCCUUCCCAGUUCCCACCUAACAGCCAGGGACCAAGACCUUGGAGGCCAAAGGGCUGUAAUUACCCCCUAUAUCUCCUGGCAACUUUGCCCACCAGCAUGGUUGACCACCCCACCCCCAUGCCUAUGACAGGACCUGGGUCACUCUAGCCUAGCCUGAGAGCAUCUAAAGCAGAGGCACUGUAAUCCAGGAGACAUUUUCCUGCCAGAGCCCGAUGGCUUAGCCACCAUAUGAACUCCUUCUGCAUGGCCCUGGAAAGACCGGAGGGUGCUGAGAGGGAGUUCCCUGCUGCUGACUUGCUGUGUGACCUUCUGUAAGAACCUACCCUUUCUGGAUCUGGCUUUCUUCCUUUGUGAGCUGAGGCCAUAAUGUUGGUCGCAUCUGAGAGGCCGCAUUUAGAACAUGCGAUGAGCCGUGAUGCCUGGUGGACAGAGCAGGCAAGGACAGCACUGAAGGCCCAGUGGCUUUAGCACAGAAGGUUCUGGACCUGGAUAGCAGAUGGGAUCAAGCUAGGCAGGGGUUAGGGUCACAGCUGGCUCAAAGGGUCAGGAUCAAGGAUAAGGUUCAAGGCAGACCAGACACACAUAAGCAUUAGCUCCCUUUGGCUCCUUCAUCUUUGCUCUUCUGAGAGCGUCUCAGCUAGUGGCUUCCUGGUCUCUGUCUAUAAGCGAGUCCUUCUCAGCUCCCCCAGGAGCACAGAAGAAUGUCAGUGCUGAGAAAGGCCGCCCAACGUGAGCUCCUGCUUGUGGAAGAUGUGGAAGAGCAGAGAGGGCAAUGAACUUGUCCACGAUCAUACGGCCCAGGACUUCUGAAUCCUCCUCAGUGUUCCUCCCUGUAUACCAUACUGCCUGUCCUUAAGGGUCUUUGAGCCCAGCUUAUCCCUGUGCAGGGAAGCAUUUGAGAGGACACAAUGCUUUUCGGAAGAGCACUGGGACAUCUCAAUGGGCCGGCCAUCCAGCCUCAGGAGGUGAGGGAAAGAGCCAGGACAGACAGAUGCCUGAGGAUACAGUGCCCUCCUGGUCUUCUCCCAGGCACUGAAGCAGUAGCAGGCUGACUGAAUCAGUGGGCACUGGUGCCCCCCACCUCUGCCCUGCCAAUUUUUGUCCCUGUCUGUGCUCCCCAUGGCCAUUCAGUCUGAGAUAUGACUCAGGAGUGGGAGGUUGCAGUCUAUGCCCAGGAAGUGUGUCCAAGACUUGCCUCUGGCCUGCAGAUCUGUUUCCAUUUUGAGAGCGACUACAUGGCUCGGUACCUCCAUCCCCAUCCCCUGAAGAUAGUUGCAGCUGCUUCACCCAGACCUGCUGAGAUCCCCGUUGCCCAGUAACAGCCAAUGACAUCAGCCCCAGUGCUGGGUCAAGUGUCUGUCGUUCAAGUUGUUGCUGGGUGACAGCUGAAUUCAGAACUUAGACCUCAGGGACUCUGAGCCUCAUCCGGCUUUUGCUAUUGUUCUAGAAGAGGUAGCUUUAGAGGAGGCCUUGGGAGGACAGAGUCUUAGGAAGAAUGUGACAGAAACUGCUGGGUCAUUUGAGCCCACCAGACACACCAUCCUGAUCCUUUCUGCUUUGUCACAGUGGCAAUGAGAAAUGACACCUCAGCCACAUUCCCGUUCCAGGUCGCCCUGGUUCAACUCUAACCACCGCCCAUCCCAGGAGAAAGAAAUGGAGGCAUCGGGGCAUGUCUCCGAGUGUGGAUCACUAGGGAAAGGGCCAUCUCUCCAUUUCCAGAGCCCCCACCUGCCCUGAGCAUGUAGACCCCUGUUUGUUUGUUUGUUUUUGUUUUUGUUUUGUUUUUUCGAGACAGGGUUUCUCUGUGGCUUUGGAGCCUGUCCUGGAACUAGCUCUUUAGACCAGGCUGGUCUCGAACUCACAGAGAUUCACCUGCCUCUGCCUCCCAAGUGCUGGGAUUAAAGGCGUGCUCCACCACCGCCCGGCCUAGACCCCUGUUUUGAUGCCUUCUGCUGCUCCCGACAAGACAACUAUGACCCUGAACUGCCCCUGGGUCUGAUGAAGAUGGAGCUGGGCUUGUUAGGUAGCCUUAGACACUGGAAAUCCAAUCGGGCACUGUGUCUGCACUAUCUGGUUUGUCCUCAAAGCACAGUUAUGAGGUAAGGCUGGUCUUAGCCUAUGAUGUAGGAGAGAAGGACGCACUCUGAGGGUAAAGUAACUUACCCAGACUCGGCCAGCUGGUAACAGUGCAGUUCCUAUUUGGAGGCAGGUUACAUGCCCAGAGGACAGUGCCACUUCCUUUAGGAUAUAGGAGCAGCAGAGAUGGGGUCUCUCACACUCAGCCUCUACCUGGGCUGCAGUUUGCAGGGUGGGAAGGGAGGAAGGCAGGGUGAAGGUGGCUCCUCCUCAGCCUCCUGUUCUGGACAAGGCCUGUGCCAGGUGCUCUAAGCUGAUCCCUGCCAGCUUCCCCACCUCUGAGGCAUGUAGUGCCAUUUCCCACGUCCCAAGACAUCAUCUCGCCAUGGUUAAACAUGAUUGAGGACCACAAACGGGCUGAGGAACUGUGGGAGGGAACUCAACCCUUGGCUUGCAGAUGGGGAAGCCGAAUCCUGGCUGGGGAGCUCACAUGACCCUUGACCCCUCUGACUGAGCUUCAUCUUCUCCAUUUUCCCCCCAAACUGGGUCCCACCUACCCAUAAGUCCCAGCACCCUUGACCUGAGAAAAUUGGAGAAGUGUCUCCUCCCAGAUAAGGGCCUCCUCUCCUCACCCCUUCACUCCAACUACCUGCCACCCCCAGGUCCCGCCUCCCAGUCUAUCCCCUGCCCCUGCUGGGUGGGGAACCAGCUCCUUCCCAGACUGAGCAGCUAGCAUGUGAAGUUGUCGUCGGACACUGAGAUGAGUGCCCUCCACUGCCCUCCCUCCUUACUCUGCUCUAUUUUGUAUAUAAGUGACAUGAGAUAUUUUGUGUGAGUGUGAGUGUGUGUGAUUUGUGUCAUGGUUUUGUUACCAUUUUUGUUUUUGUAAAUUUGAACGUUCUAAAUAAACAUGUGGUUUACUCGGA